CUUUUGUUUCUACGCUCCUCCUCUUCUUCUCCUCAGCCACCAAUCACUAAUCUGAAUCUCACAUGAUCUCCUCCUCCGUCUUCUGUUUCUCUUUCCCCUCAACUCUCUCCUCCCACAUCUAUUACUUCUUUUUUGAAUAUCUGUUCAAAGUUUCAAUUUUUAUAUUUAACACAAGCUCUCUUUCUCCUCAACUCUCUCCUCCCACAUCUAUCACAUCGUGGUUCCAUUUAUAUUGGAUUCAAAGUGGCUAUUUUGCUCUGUAUCAGCCGGAGAAGAUCAAAAGCUUCAAAGUUUGAAGCUGAUUCGCUGUCAAAAUUAUAUAAUUCGGCGGCCAUGAUCUCAGAUGCAGAAUAUCAUGGGUUUUAUAGGAAUUGGUCACAAAAAUACUCUUUUCCCGUAUGGUUUGCUUUGAUUAUUGGAGAUUUGGUGUGUCAAGGAUGCGAAGUUUUCAAGGUUCAGACAAGGAAAGUGGUCUCAUUUGCAAUAUCCGAUGGGGAACGGCGGAUCUUGAAAGGUGCCACUGGAAUACAUUCACAGGAAAACGAUCUGUCUCUUCUUCUCUGCAAACUGGUGCAGGCCAUGCAAGGACUUCACUCCAGAGCUGGUAAAACUCUAUGAGUGUCUCCAGAAGCGAGGAGAAGAACUCAAGAUCAUCUUUGUUUCGUUUGAUCAUGACAUGACUUUAUUCUACGAACACUUCUGGUCGUCCAUGCCAUGGCUCGCAGUUAUAUGCAAUUUAAAGGCGACCAUAGACUCAUCAGGAUUUAAAGGAGUACAUGCGUACAACAACUUUACAAUGUACAUGUGUACAAGAGAACUGAGGAGGUUAGGGUUGUUGAUCAGGCUUUUGAUUGGGUUCUGAAAUUAUUGAUUUUUAUUCUUAGGGUUUGUAAUUAUUCUCUAUUGAAUCAGAGCUUAGAGAUGUUGUUGGGUUGUUGGAAUCUCUCUGAAACAAUGAUAAUUUGUUACAAAGUUUC